UGUCAGCGCCUUUAAAAAGGCAGCGGGAGCCACAGGGACAGCACUGCUCACCACGAGCUGGCUCGAGAGAGAAUCGGCGUCAGUGGCUGGAGAUAAGUAGGGGAGAGGAAAGAGACUACAGCGAUAGGCGUGCAAGGCAGAGCUGGAAGGGGUCCACUCCAGAACGAAUCACUUGCAACCGGCGAAUAAUUCAAACAGUUUAGGGAAGGGAAGAGGUCCAGGAGCUUAGAUACAUAUCACAGCCGGGUGUGGUAAGUGUUGGGUUUUGCGCAUCCUUUGUCAAACACUUUUGAUUCCCCCCCCACCCCGCUCCGAUAACUUUGGGCUAUAAUAUCCACGUAAAAGUAGAACGCCGGCCAGCAUUUGCAGAGAUUUAGAGAUGGAGAGUAGCAGCAGCAGCAGCAUCGUGAAGGGCAAGCUGAGGUCCCUGGACGAGCUGAUCUCGGUGCUGCAUGAACUCUUCUCGGGGGACAAGGUGGACGUGGACGAGGUGAAGGCUGUGAUGGCUUCAUACCCGCACGAUGCGACCGACUGGGAACGCUUCGCCAAGUUUGACAAGUUUCGGUAUACGAGGAACCUGGUUGAUGAAGGCAAUGGAAAGUUCAAUCUCAUGCUGCUCUGCUGGGGAGAAGGUCAUGGCAGCUCCAUCCAUGACCACAUGGACGCCCACUGCUUCGUGAAGAUCAUGCAGGGCCAGCUGAAGGAGACGAUGUACGAGUGGCCGACACCCAGCACCAAGAAACAGGAGCUGAUCAAGAAGUCUGAGAAUCUGUACUCUGAGGAUCAAGUCACAUACAUCAAUGACAGCAUUGGACUGCACCGAGUUGAAAAUGUGAGCCACUCGGAGACGGCGAUCAGUCUGCACCUCUACAGCCCUCCCUUCAGCAGCUGUCAUUGCUUCGAUGAGCGCACAGGCCACAAGAAUGAGGUCCAAAUGACCUUCUACAGCAAAUACGGCGAACGCACACCCUUCGAGGUCAAAGCCACUGCUGAGGACAACUAAGCAACCUCCAUCAAGAACUAGUUCUGGCAAGAGGUGGAUUGGCAAAACAUCACAACGAUCAGUUAAUCACCAACAUUGACUUGUUUUUUUUCCCAGGACUGUGUGCUCAGAACGUUUAUCAAAAGGCUGAAGCUGCAAUGUCACUAAUUUUAAGUCACUUUUAACAAACUUUACUUUUUCAUUCAAUUGCAAACGUUUUGUAAACCUGUUAAUGCUCCAGUGAGAGGUCACUGGAGCGCAUUGCUUGAGAUGUAAUGAUUAUUGCUAUUAUUUCAUUGUGCUUGAAGCUUUAGCAUUGGUAGAUACUAGCUUAAUUUGACAGUAAGAAACCAUGAGAUACCAUUUCGGCUAAUAAAAUGAAAAUGGUCACGUUUUCUACAAGUACAGUAAUGUAGGUGGUGAUCAUAGCACCUAUUGUUAGUUUGCCCAUCUGCUUAUUUUAUGAACAAACAUCAUCAUUCUGUUCGGAUUGACGUCAAAUCACGUGAGUUACAAAUAUUCUGGGCCAAUCGCAAUGCAGAAAAUGUUAGUAUGUUCAUACUGCAAGAGUCAAAAGUGUGACAGAUGGAAGGUAGGGAAGUAUGUCCUUCGUGUUAUGCACUGUAGAAUGUACAGCCAGAAUAAUUGUUUUUCAUAUAUGCAUUAUACUGUUAAAGUUAAAUGGUCAUUGGAGUACAAAAUAACAAUUUUUACAAUGUCAGUAUCACUGAUUUUAAAUGAUGAUGUAAAUUUAUUUUAAUGCACAAUAACUGCAAUAUAUGCAAUCGAUCUUCAUUUGAGUUUUUUUGAAAAAUGGCUUUUUAAAAAUGUGUAAUUCGUAUUUUAUCAUUCAAAUCUGUGGAUCGUGGGGUGGGGGAUGUGGAGGGUGUUAACAGGAAAUAUAUAUUUUUUUCUCUUGUUUAUUUUCUUAUUCAGGAGUGUAUUGUGUGGAGGUUUACGUUUGAAAUCUGUGUCCCAUUUGUGAAGUUUAUUAAACUGUCAACACUAUUCUCUCUCCUUUCGCUUACGCAACUAGACCGUAACACACAUCGUACGAAAACAAUGAUCCCGUAGCGUCAUGCAGACAAUUCAUGUGCGUUUUGAAUUUCGCUAUCUGGCGAAGAAAAGCCUAUUUAAGAUAAGGCGGUCACAAGCAAAUAAGAGAGUUUAUGGGAGGUUAGGUAUGGCCAUGCAAGGGAGAAUGUUUAAAGAUAGGUGGUAUCUAAGCGAGAACCCUAACAAAUUCUAGAUUUAAAGCUUUCGUGACUGCUAGGAUCCAUACUCUUUGGUUCUAUUGGAUAAAGUCACGUAGGUGAAAAUAAAAUAACAAAAAAUCACGUGACUUUACCCAAUAGAACCAAAGAGUAUUAACCCUAACAAAAUUCUCAUUCAUAGUGUAUCGUUUUACCCUUAAUUACAUCACGAUUAAAUACAUUCAAUACAUCACGGAAGAAAAAACUAUCGUUUAGAUUUUUAAACGGAGAAAUUGUGAACAUUAUCCGCACACUAAAACACUAAAUUAAAAACUAUUUUAAAGUUUUCCUUCCGACUGAUGAUGCGACCAAUGUCAAGUUAUGAAAUACAUGUCUGCUGGGAACAUCUGUGUUUUUGAUAUAAGUACACAUUACGAUGUUUUCCCACAUUCAUUGGCCCGUGAAGUCUUCUUCAUUAAUUUACCUCAAUUAACGACAUGGCACUGCAUAUACAGUAAUGAUGUAAAUCUUGUUCAAUCACUUUUCACACUUGGGUGGAUUUUAGGGCUGGCCUUACAAUGCAUUCAAUCCUUGUACUUUUUUGGUUUAAAAUGUUUCUAAAAUAAACUA